ACAACAAUCAGUCAUUAAGUUUGGUAUUUAACGGCCACAAAAGUAAGGUGAGUGAUACUAUCUACAGCAAUGGCUUCUCCAAAAUUGCUUUUCAUCUUGGGUUCCAUUGUUAUAUACCUUUUUUCUCUCACCAUUGCCCAGAAUGAACCGCUGUCGAACAUCUGUUUAAAUGACAAGGGAAACUUCACCGCAAAUAGUACUUACCAGGCAAACCUCAAUUACCUCCUCUCCUCUCUCACUUCUAACAAUGAAAUCGACUAUGGUUUCUACAACGCCUCGUAUGGCCGAGAGACUGACAAAGUUAACGCAAUGGCACUUUGUAGAGGAGAUGUUAAGCCGGAUACCUGCCGUAGUUGCAUCCAAAAUUCAUCUCUUCAGCUCACAAAAAGUUGUCCCACCCAGAAAGAAGCCGUUGUAUGGUACGACGAUUGUAUGUUAAGGUACUCAAAUCGUUCCUUGUUUGGUAAUAUGGAAUAUACGCCUUAUGCUUGGAUGUAUAAUGUGAAUAAUGUGUCGGAAGUGAGUCAAUUCCGUGAAGUCCUGGGAAAGUUGUUAAAUAACUUGACAAAAAAAGCAGCCUCUGGUGGUCCUCUUCGUAAGUUUGCAACAGGAAAUUCAACUACGCCAGGCUCUCCGCCCAUAUAUGCACUUAUGCAGUGUACUCCUGACUUGUCCGAGCAGGAAUGUGUUGAAUGCCUAAAUGAUGUGACUUCACUGAUUCCGAAAUGUUGUGAUGGAAGACAGGGAGGGAGAGUUAUUACACCUAGUUGUAAUUUUAGGUACGAGAAAGAUAUUUUCUAUGACUCUACAGUUUAUGUGGCAACACCCUCACCAUCACCAUCACCGGCAAGUCCGUCAGCAGCAUCGUCGCCGCCUAAUUCUGCAACACAGAGAGGAAGGGAGAGCAGCCUGUCUCAAACAGUUGUCCACAUUGCAGUUCCAUUGUUGAUUUUGCAAUAUUUGUCUUCUACUUCAGCACUUUUUUAGAGUAAACAAAGCUGUAUCAGUUUCAUUCACCAUUUAUGCAGAACAUUGUGUUGUAUUGUUACA